AAAAGUUUGGCGUAAAAUAAAUUUUUUAUCAAGAUUAGUAAUAUGGAGAAUAAGAAGAGAUCUGAUUCAUUCUAUAAAAGAUAAAAGGAAAAUUAACUUAAAAUAUGGCAAAUUAUAAAAAAGUUAAUUUUGUAGAUUUGUGAAUAAAAUAAAAGCGAAUUGAACUCAUAUAUUGAGUAUUAGGUUGAAAAUUUAUCAAUUUUUGCUAAAGAUAAAUCUCCAAAAAAUGUCAAAGAUUAUUAUAAUGUCAAUUCAUACUUGAAGGACAACUUUCAAAAGUUAGCUUAACAGUUAGGAUUUAAUUUAAAUGAACAAAUUUUAAAAUCAUUUUCUGAAUAAUCAGAUGAAGUCAAAGAUAAUGAAGCAUCAACUUAAGACAAAAAAAUUAGUAUUUAGGAGCAACUUUAUAAUUAAAUGGUUUAUUUAGGUUCAAAUGAUGCAAGUAUCCACUUUAGUAAAGAUAGCAGAUUCGUUUUAAAAGGAAUUCCAUAAUCUUAGUUUAAUACCUUCUUACGAGAAGUUAAUGAAGUCUGUUUAAGCAGCAUUUAUACUAAAUAGCAUUUGUUAAGUGUAAGGAUAUUUGGAUUGUUUUAGAUUGAGAGCGAAGAAAUAAGGGAUUAAAGCUUAGAACUUCCAUAUAACUAUUUUAUUUUAAUGGAAAAUAUUUUAUAUGAUUGGGAUUUUGAAUAAAACUAAAUUAAAUCUAUUUAUGACCUCAAAGGAUCAAGUGUUGGAAGAUAGUAUGAGCAUAUAGAAAGUUCAGAUAACGAAGAUAUUUAAGAGUAACCAAAAAGCUAAAACGACUCACCUAAAGGCAAUAAAGAUUAGAAAUUUCAUGUGUUCUUUGGGAAGGAUAAUGAUUUCAAAAACAAAGAAAGCGAUAGAAAUAUAUUGAAAUCUCUUCCUUAAUAGCUUAAGCAGGAAAUAAUUUAAUAACUAAAAGAAGAAUGUCAUCAUUACGAAUCUUUGAAUUUAAUGGAUUAUAGCUUAAUGGUAGUUAUAGGAUAAAAUAUUUAAAAAUAAUCUGAUAAAAAAAGCUAAUAUGAAACACAAAAUAAAUUUAGAAAUAUACAAAUUAAUGAAUAUGUAGUCUCAUUAGCUGUUAUAGAUUAUUUGUGUUAAUUUAAUUUUAGAAAGAGCCUAGAAAGUACAUUUAAAUCAUUUUUCUGCUCAAACCCAAAUCAAAUAUCCUGCGUAGAGCCUGAUAUAUAUUAUGAAAGAAUAGUAAAGUAUGCAACCUAGGAAAUAUUCACUAUUAGUUAGAAUUGA